AUGGAAUGGAGAUUCUUGUUCCAGGUGUUUCUCCAACAGCGUUGGCAGAAACAAGCAUGCGUAGGAGGCAGCAUUUUCUCAACAAGGAAGAAACUCCUGCCGNUUUCGUCGACGAAUUCCAGAGACACGGGCUACGGGUCCAAGAAAAAUCCCAGCUACUCAAAUGGAUACUUCAGGUACAACGUGUUUUCAUCGACCACGGAAUCGGAUGAACCGGAACCCGGGAUACAGUUGCUGGAUGGGACUCAAGCGAAUAAUCCCGAGCCAGUGACGAUGCGCCAGAUGGUUCCGCAGCAGAAGAAAAUCCCAGCCAUGUACGAUUUCGGCACGGGUUCGAUCCCAGCUCAGAAACCCACACCGGAAUCAUCGCCCAUUCAAGACGCAACCCCGAAA